CAUGUUUCAUGUUUAAUUAUAAUUUUUUUUCGGGGCUCACUUAAUGAGCGCUUGGAGCACUUGGAGACGCGUGCCACACCACACCACAGCACAGCAACCAUUUUGGGUGGAUUGCCACAUCGAGGUUGGAGUUGGAGUCGAACUGGAUGGCUGGUGUGCUGGUGUAAUGAGCGGCGGAGUAUAAAACCACCCGAGGACUCGGCAGAUUAAUUACUUCGAUUCCGAUCUCCGUCGAGUGCAUUACACCACAUUAACCACAGAGUUCUCGUCUCAGAACCCCGCAGACCACCAAAACACCAAAUGAUGGGAAAAGUGAGCUUUCUGUUCUGCGCGUGCCUGGCUCUGACGCUGGCACUGAGCGGCGCCCUCGAACUGCAGCCGGAGCUGGAUAGCGGACCAGUGGCCUACGAGUUCCACUGGUCGGUCAACGAUCCCCACACCGGGGACAUCAAGAGCCAGAAGGAGGUGCGCAAGGACGACAAAGUGGAGGGCGUCUACGAGCUGAUCGACUCCGAUGGCUAUCGUCGCAUUGUGCAGUACAAGGCGGACGACCACAACGGCUUCGAGGCGAUCGUCCACAGGGAGCCCACCGACAUUAAGAUUCCCUUGCCCGAGGCACCCAAAAAGCUGAUCGCUGCCAAGCUCGUGGCUGCACCGCUCGUGGCUGCACCGCUCGUCCACUACGCCGCUCCCAAGGCGCUCAUCAGGCAGGAGCAGGCGCUGUCGCCAGGUAACUAUGUCUCUGUGUCCGGACCCACAGCGCAGUACAAGUACUGAAGGCCAGGCCCCCACGACUGACCACACCACAGAGCAACAUAGCAACAUAGCACCUCUCCAUGAGCCCAUAAGGACAGCCACUGCACACGUCAUAAUUAAAUUAUAUAUACGCCAUACGCCACUAUCCUGUACCCUAGUACAUACAUACAUACCUAUGCCCAUGCCAUACAUCAGUCUACAUAUAAAGAUGCAUCACAUUCAAUCUGUUCGC